AUGGGUGAAAAAAGUCAAACUCAUGAUGGUAGGUCAGGGGAAGUCCAUUCUUUACCCCACAAAGCCAAAUCAAGGCCUAUUACCUACUAUAUCGUCCUCAUUCUUAGAUUGCUAUCAUACGACCUUGUUCUAUGGUUCUUCAACUUGGUCAUACACACAUUCUUCCGUGAUGUACAAUCACGAGGAAGUUUCAAUAUUCCCAGAAGAGGUCCAGUAAUUUUUGUCAUUGCUCCACAUCAUAACCAAUUUGUUGACGGAAUUGUGGUGAUGGCUAAAGUCAAGGAACACCUGGGUCGUCGUAUUGCCUUUUUGAUUGCUCAGAAAUCAUACGACAGGAGAAUAAUUGGGGAUGCAGCUAAAUUGUGCAGUGCAAUUCCGGUAGAGAGAGCACAGGAUUUGUUAAAGAAGGGUACUGGUAAAAUAUUCGUUGACAAAGAAGAUAACCGAGUUAUUAGAGGAUCAGGAACCAAGUUCACAACGGAGUGCCAAGUAAAAGGCUUGAUAGGAUUGCCAAACUCCUUAGGUAAUGGGGCAAUCCAGGAAAUCUUUGAUGAUGAACAGCUUUUAUUGAAGAAGCCAUUCACAUCACCCAGAGAAGAAAUUCAGGAGAGAAUUGACGACAAAUUGCAAAAUGGGACCGAGUUUAAAAUUGCCCCUCAUAUCGAUAACCACGUUGUUUUUCAAAACGUUUUCACUCACUUGAAUGACGGCAAGGUGUUGGGUAUUUUCCCUGAAGGUGGGUCUCAUGAUCGUCCUGAUUUAUUACCAUUAAAACCAGGAGUGGCCAUAAUGGCAUUGGGCGCGAUUGCAAAACAGAUUGAAACGAUAAAGGAGGGGACAUCUGAGCAUGACGAGGUUGUACCAGUUAGUAUUGUCCCUGUUGGAUUAAAUUACUUUCAUCCGCACAAAUUUAGAUCAAGAGUUGUGAUUGAAUUUGGUAAGCCAAUAGUUGUCGAUGAAAAUAUGGCUAAGAAAUACGAGGCAAACUCUCGGGAGGCGGUGGACAAGCUAUUAAAGACAAUCACACUUGGUUUGAAAGAAGUGACAAUGACAUGUAAUGAUUAUGAAACAUUGAUGGUGUUGCAGGCAGCACGAAGGUUGUACACUUCUGGAAAUAGGGAUAAUAUACCCCUUCCCAUGGUGAUUGAGAUGAAUAGGAGAUUGAUAAAAGGGUAUGAUCAAUACAAAGAUCAGCCUGACGUCAAAGAGUUAAAAGAAUCGGUUUUGGAUUACAACAAAAAAUUGAGAGCAUUAAAUCUACACGAUCACCAAGUUGAGUCGUUGGAUCGCUCAAAUAGAGUGGCAAGUGUUUGGCGGUUCAUUACUAGGUUUUUCAAAUUUUCGUUAUUCAUGGGGCUAAGUCUACCAGGUAUUUUUCUCUUCAGCCCGGUGUUUAUUAUAUCACGAAGAAUCUCAAGAAAGAAAGCAAAGGAGGCCCUAGCCGCGUCAGUAGUUAAAAUCAAAGCAAAAGAUGUGCUAAGCACAUGGAAGAUACUAGUAGCCAUGGUCUUGGCACCAAUGUUGUACAUCUUUUGGUCCGUUAUUGGAACAAUUUUGAUUGUCAAGUCAAAAAUAUUGGGCAAUUACCAACCAUCAAUUUGGAUCAUUUUUAUCAUCUUUUACGGCUGGGCAGUAUUGACAACCUACGCCUCAUUGAGAAUGGGGGAAAUUGGAAUUGAUUACUACAAGUCACUUGCACCUCUAUUCCUCUCUAUGUUGAGUAUCAAUGAGGAUAGGUUUCAAAUUGAGAAAUUAAAACAAACAAGAGAGGAAUUGCGCCAGAGAGUUAAUGAGUUUUGCAAUAAAUUUGGACCAGGAAUGUUUGCUGAUUUUGAACAGUUUUACAAAAAAUACAACGGUGUCACUGAAGACGAAGAGUUUGAAAUUAUUAGUGUCCAAAGACAACAAGCAGAGAGUCAAUUUAACAAGUUACAAAGACAGACAAGUGCUUCGUCUUUGGAUUUCAAUUUACUGAACUUGUCGGAUAUUCCCAUUUUUGCUGCUGCCGACUUGGAGCAGGCCAAUGACGUUAAUCUUACAAAGGAGUCAGAAGAAUUUGACCAGGAGGAGGAGGACAAGCUGUGCGACAAUGGUGAAACCAAUGCUAAUACAAUUGAUGAAAUAAGUAGCGAAGCUGACUCUACUGAUGACGCAAAAGUGAGAUUGAGAAAAGCAAUGAGGGAAAAGUACUCAAAUCUAGAAUAA